AUGCUUCUCCGUUUUGGAGUUGUCCCUGUGGUCGUGUUCUCUUCCAAGGAAGCAGCUAAAGAAGUUCUCAAAACUCAUGACUUAGAUACUUGCACCCGACCUAAGCUAGUCGCGAAUGGGUUGUUUUCUCGCAACUUCAAAGACAUUGGUUUCACUCAGUACGGUGAAGACUGGCGAGAGAUGAAAAAGCUGGUGGGGCUUGAGCUCUUUAGUCCGAAAAAGCAUAAGUCUUUCAGGUAUAUCAGAGAGGAAGAAGGUGACUUGCUGGUCAAGAAAAUAUCAAAUUCCGCUCAAACACAGACCCUAAUAGAUUUGAGAAAAGCCUCUUUCUCCUUCACCGCCGGUACAAUCUUCAGACUAGCCUUUGGACAGAACUUCCACCAGUGCGAUUUCAUGGAUAUGGACAGACUUGAAGAGCUGGUGCUAGAGGCGGAAACCAACGGAUGCAUCUUGGCACUCACAGACUUCUUACCCACGGGUCUUGGUUGGCUUGUAGACCGGAUAUCUGGAUGUGGUUUUGGCGGGAGUGAAUGCGGGAACAAUCACAAUGAUCUACAAAAAGUCGAGUACUUGAAUAUGGUGAUCAAAGAAACAUUCAGAUUACAUCCACCAUCUCCCCUCUUGCUACCAAGAGAAACAAUGUCCGAUAUCGAGAUUCAAGGCUACCACAUUCCCAAGAACGCCCUUAUCAGGAUCAACACUUACACUAUAGGACGUGAUCUGAAAUGUUGGUCUAACCCUGAGAGGUUUUUGAAUACCUCAAUCAACUACAAAGGUCAGGAUUACAAGCUCUUGCCCUUCGGAGCAGGCCGUAGAAGCUGUCCUGGUAUGAACUUGGGAAUCACCAUUCUUGAGCUAGGCCUUCUUAACAUUCUUUACUUCUUUGAUUGGAGUUUUCCCAAUGGAAUGACCAUUGAAGACAUUGACAUGGAGGAAAACGGAGCUUUAAACAAAACCCUUGAGCUCAUACCAACUCUUCCAUCAGCACUGUCAGAUGGAUCAUCUGGAUGGAGAUGA